GAAGCUGUUCUUCACCGUGGCUGGCACAAAAAAUGAGGAGGGGGGAACUGGUAAUAGAAUGUUAUAAUGGUUUGAGAUAUGUCAAACUACCAUAGAUAAUGCUAAUAAUAUUUUUGAAAUAGUAAUCAUGGCUUGUGUAUUGGCACUUAAAUGGAAAGAAACCCAAUGUCAAAAUACUGUUUUGAACAGUGACUAUAAUGUAGCAAUUUUCAUAAUAAAGUGAAAAAAGAUUGGUCUUUCUGAAAUAAUUUUUAGCAUUAUCAGCAAAAGGGGGAGAGUCAUUCUGGCAGGGCAGUGCUUAAAAGUAUUGUUAUACUUGUUCUCCUUGCAACCAAGAAUAGAGAUAGACUUCUUCAUGUUCAUGAACAAAUUCUUUUUAUUUCAAUCCUACAUUUAAAUUAUACUGAACAAUAUGAUAGACGAACGAAAAUAUGUUUAGAAGGUAAGCUAUCAAAUAUUUGGGUUUUUUUGGGGAAAAAAAAAAAGUGACUAAGGGUGGAGAGUGUAUUGAAGUAUAACACACCAGCUCUAACGCUUUAUCUUUUGUGCUGAGUAUCUUUCCAUGCAGUCAUCUUUUAGAACUCGAUGUACAAAAACGUUUAAAUGAAAACUGCAGGAGUAGGAUUUCUUCUUGAAUAGGAGUUACAGUGAACAGCCAGGUAAACUAAUUUUCAUCUGCACAGAUUAACUUGUUAUUUAUUUAGCUUUUUGUAGGAGUGCAAAUGAUUAAAAGCAUUCUUUUUCCUUGUAACUGUUCAGCAUCAGUGAUCCUCCUUUUUAGGUAUUUCAGAAGAAUAAACAAUUUCAAUCAUAAGCUUUGACACAUGAAGAACCCUUUUCUGUAUGACUUUAAUUCCAUAUUGCUUCUCUGCCUUAAGCUGAGAAUGCACCUGCAGAUGGAAAUGUUUUUCCAUUCUCUUCCUACCAUUGAAAAAAGAUGGUGUAGCUACAAAUAUGUAACAGCUUCAAAUGUUUAACUUCAUUAACUGUGAAUGAAACAAACUUGAGUAUUAAAAAAAUCUGCCUUUUCUACCUAUAUACAAAAUACUGUAAAAAUAGUAAUGAGAUCACUUGUGAAUUUAGUUUGCUGAUUAUUAGAGACCUGGGCUGGAUUUUCUUUUUUGCCUUUCUGGCAAAGCUAACUGAUAGCUUAGUUAUUGGCUGAAGUGAAUCCUCGGAUUAAAUGCGUUUCUGACACAGAUUCCAGUUUACAGCCUACGUGGGCUUGAUGCAUUGGGCAAGUAAUGCACAGCAGCUUUGAUUUUCAUAUUUCUGUAGCUACCCAAGGAACGAAUUAACCUGCAGGACUUCCGUCUCUAUUGCAUCAUGGUAAUUCAUUUAUUUUCUUCAUCUUUUCAUUUUUCUGAAGUUGAAAGCUGGUUGUUUCUUGUGUUGCAGUGGAAAUCCUGUAAGGAACAAUGGAAGAUGGAGGCUAAAGUAUAACACACUGUAAUUUGUAGGCAUGGUAGUUGAAGACAGACCUGAAAAGCUGCGUAUCCUACUAAGUGGGGAAAGUUGCUGAGAAUGAGAAACUACUUAAGUGAGAGACAAAGUAUGCUUUUUAUGCAAGAAAAGGGUUAAGGGGAUUUGUUCUUCAUGGUAAUGAGUAGUUCUAAGGUUAGGUUUCUGCGGAUUAGAAAGGAGGGGGUGUCCAUAGAUUAGCUAGGGCAGUGAGGAUACUUGCUCUGUUAACGUCCAACAAAUAUUCUUUCUCUCCAGAAAUUCUACGAGAGCUGAACAUGGUGUAUUCUGCACUAUUUGCAGGUAAGAAAUUAUGUACUGUACUGAAACCAUUAUGCUACACAGAUGCAUUUCCCCCGUGCAGUUGUGAAAUUAAUGUCUUUUGAUAGUUACGGCAAAGCUAAUUAAACUUGUGUUAGGUGUUCAGUUCCCACCAGCCAAAUACUAGAGAUGUGUAUGAAUGGGGAGUAGGAACUAAAAAGAUAAUUUUUCCUCAUUCCCAAUCUUCACAGAAUAGUCUGACUUGAAUGUCAGGUGCUAUGUUGACCCUUUUUGCUGAAAGUAAAUUGACUUCACAACCAUCCCUGUUGUAAUAACAGUCUAGGAAACUACCUCGUGUAUAGUGAGAGAUACUGUAGAAGAUGGAUGUGAAUGGAAAAUUUUACCUUUGAACUCCCUAACCUUGUAGUGUUUAAGUUGAUUUAGUGAUCAGUGUGCUCAUCUUGUCAGUUUUGUCUUCAGUCCAGGUGGUUGGCAAUAAACAGCUGGAAGUAAAGCUGCCUGCUUCCCAAGACUAUGGUUUGCUGUGCUCAAGUAUUCUUUGAAUGUGCUGCUCUUCUAGGAGGUGAUGCUUCAGAGGUGUUACCACCAUAUGAACAAGAUAAUAGCACCAUCAGUGUAGCAAUAUGCUUUUCUUUUAGAAGAAAGGAGGAUGAAUCAAAUCAUCAGAUAUAUCUAGUUACAGUUAUAACAUACUUUUAAUCAGCAACUUUACAUAUGCAAGUGUGAUUAUCUAAAUACUGUAGAAUGGCUUACUGAAUGAAUGUUCUUUUAAAAAAACAAACAAAAAAACCCAACACCUGUGCCACCUCAGACUUGCAGUAGUUAUCCUUGUAUAUAUGGUUUUAAACAAAGUCUCAGCUGUUGCUUAAAAUGUAUGUUCUGCUUAUGUUUCAGAUGGCAAUUUAAAUUCAAGCACUUCUUGCUUUGAAGUUUUUUUUUUACACUCACUUGAGAGUGACCUAUGUCAAUGGGAGGACUAAUUAAGUUUUUAGUGUGGGACAAAAAAAAGGUCUGCAUGGGCAUAUCAUUAGAAGAAGCUUAUUCUUCUUUAUUUGCCUUUGUAAUUUACUGGCAUUUGGUGGCUUACUUAGGACAAAAGCUCAAGGAUAUUCUCUGCCCUCAAACUAGUUUACUAUCUUCAGUAAUCCAAACAAUUCUGACAAAUUUAAAUUGAGUGGUUUUCCUUUUUAAAAAUGCUCAGUAACCAUGCAAAGGAAACCCUAAGUAUGACCCUUAUAGUGUGUGUAUAUGUCUCAGGGAAGGAAGGUGCAGUGUUUUUAAUUAGCUUUCCCCUUAAGUAAGCAAUUUGGUAACUGAUAAGCUUGCAGUCUUCUCUUUGAUGCCAAAAAGGUAGUCAGAGCAAUGAAGCUAUUUGUGUUUCUAAAUUAAUACUCAGUGAAAAGUAGGGUACGAUGUCCUGAAUGUAGUUUGCAAUGUAUUUGCUUGUCUAAACCAUCCCACAGUAAAGAUUUCUGGCCUACUCCUAAUGUCUUCAGUAAUUAAGAAACAGGUAUUCAUGGCUAGAUUUAUAUGGCCUGCUUACUUGAUCUGCCUAAUGAUGGAUUUAAGGAAGCUUAACAAAGGAGAAGGAAAACCCUUAAAGGAACAGAACUCAAGAAUAUUGAGGGAUAAAAAAUACUAAUUGUGGCUCAACCCAGUUGCCAGUGAGCAUGUGGUAGGAGGAUUCAGUGUUACAUAAACUAUUACAUAGAUAAAAUAUGGAGAAACAGUUUUUCCUCAGUGGAAGAACGGUUAUGCAGUAUAAUGCAGCAAUUCAAUGGAAAUGUUGUGUUGGGUGGGGGAGGGAGAUCAAACUAUGUAUUUGCUGGUGUCUGAAAGGAGAAAUCAGAGUUGUAAAAGUGGUCUUUGGGUUAGAAUUUCUGCAAGACAUAGAACUGAGCAUCCUGUGGAGGUAGCUUGUAAUGAAUUAGCAUUACUCAGCAAUAAAAUGUUUGAAUCAGAAUUUCCUAACUUCUGUUCAUUUUUUCCUCCUUUCAUUUCCACUGCCUUCUGAAAACAGUUCUGUGAUUUAACAGGAGAGAGGAAAAAUGGUCUAAAAAUAAGUAUUAAGAUGUGCAGUAAAAGUGGCAGUAAUGCCUUCUGCUUUUAUAAGCAGAUCAAGGUAAUACAUUUCCUGCAUUUGCCUUUGAUAUGUUCUGUCCAUAGAACAAUUUAGAGGAAAAUGGCUGCAUUUUUGCUUUACUAAUCUAGGAGAUGCGCUACCGUAUAUUUAACAGAAUUUGAUGAGGCAUUCUCUGUGCAUACAGUGUCAUAGUGGUGUUCACUGCUGGCUGAUGUGCUCAGAUAUUUGGUGUUGCAGACUUUUUAACUUGUUAACUUUUUAAGCCGUUGACCUGUUCAAAUACGUAGUUCUUCAAGAGUAAUCUUACAAUAACGGCAGUCUUGGCAAUAUCUUAUUUGUAUCAAAUGUGAUUUGAAGUUGGCUUAACUGAGAUGUGUAGUAAUUCAGCAUCUUUGUUACAUCUCUCAUACAUGGGUUUUUGAUACUUUGGUGUAGAAGUACACCAAGUUAUUUCACAAGUCUAGGGAAAUAGCACAAGUAAGCUCAGGACCGUGUAAAUGAGAGAAAACAGUGUGUUACCUGAGGAAUUCCCAUGCUUGUUGGAACUUUUAAGUGAAGAAUUGUGAGCAUUCUCUAAGGCAAUCCCCUACUACAUUGUUUCUUGCUAGAAAUAGAUGGAGAUCUUCCUCCACUUCUAGUCUAACGUAUCACUUAGUGCAAUCAGCUGUAAACGCCUGAGUCAGAUGAGGUAAGGUGUGGGAUUUUUUUUGUUUGUUUAAUUCAUUCAUAUUCAUUAAUUCAUAGGAAAUUAUGAAAUCCUUUCAAAGAUGUUGCAUUUAUUUUAAACAGAGAUCCUUUCUUUGCAAAAUUAUGCCUUCAAUUGUUUCAAUUUUAAUAAUAUCAAUAACAACAAGAAUAAGUAUAAUUUGUUUUCCGAAUAUGAUUAUUUUUCAGCUAUGUAAAACUUAUUUGUUUUAUGUAAAACAAGCUUUUAAAAUCUUGGGGAAAAUAACUUUCUGUGGUAGCACACUUAGAGGUGGGGAACACGUUAUAUAAGUAGAUUGUUAUUUUAGACAACUUAAUAAAGCAAGCUACUGACAAUUCUGUGAAGAAAUAAAAUGAUAUUUUGCAGCUUAGGUUUAUCUCUGCGUUUUGGGUGGUGGUGGGUAACUGACUUUACAUUUGUGGCUCACGUGUCUUCAAUUUAUGCUUGCAACCGUUGUUGCAUGUAUAAAAAUGAUUGUCAUUGCUUUUUUUUGUUGUUCUAAUUUUGUAUCAAUUUAAUAUACUUGAUUUUUCAGUGUCAACAUACACUUUUUCCCUAGCUCAACGUCUGUCUGUGAAAACCUACUUGGUGUGAAUGCUGUAGUCAAAAACAUAGAUGGAAUCUCCUGGAAUGAAAGCAAAAAUGGAGGUGCCAGCAGUCUGCGGUCAAGAUAAUGGUUUAUCUCAUGUUCUGACUCUAGUGCUACAAGAACUGAGUUUGCUCUGUAAAAGGGAUGUCAAUGGCGUUGGCGUGUUGUAUGACCUGCUCAGAUCUCGCUGGCUGCAAGCACUUUUAAAGAUUUAUGAAUGCCUCCAAAACUACCUCAGAAAAAGACCAGUUCCUGUCAUGCUGCAGGCACAUGCGUUGAGCUGUGAGGUGAUAGAGUUGCUGCAUGAAGCUCCUCCGUCUGGAGAGAUCAAAGAGCUAAGACGAUUGCUGAGGGCUCCUCACUUAAGGGCCUUGCUAUCUGCUCAUGAUACUGUGGCCCAGAAAGAUUUUGAACCUACGCUUCCACCACUGCCAGACAACAUACCUGAGAAUGAGGAAGCCAUGAGGAUUGUCUGCUUAGUGAAAAACAACCAGCCUCUGGGUGCCACUAUUAAACGGGACGAGAUAACAGGUGACAUAACAGUUGCCCGUGUGAUCCAUGGUGGUCUAGCAGACAGAAGUGGGUUGCUGUAUGCUGGAGACAAAUUAGUGGAAGUAAAUGGAGUUUCCGUUGAUGGACUCGAGCCUGAGCAAGUUAUUAAUAUUCUGGCUCUUUCUCAAGGAACAAUUAUGUUCAAGUUGAUUCCAGUUUCUGAUCGUCCUGUUAGCAACCAAACAACGCUGUAUGUGCGAGCAAUGGCAGAUUACUGGCCAUUACAAGAUCCUGCCAUACCAUGUGCUGAUGCAGGUUUGCCUUUUAAGAAAGGUGAAAUACUCCAGAUUGUGGACCAGAACGAUGCUAUGUGGUGGCAGGCUAGGAAAUUAUCAGAUCUUAGUGCCUGUGCUGGACUGAUACCCUCAAACCAUCUUCUGAAAAGGAAGCAGCGAGAAUUCUGGUGGUCUCAGCCCUUUCAGCCCCAUCUCUGUCUCAAGUCAUCAAUGUUAAGCGCUGUGGAAGAAGAGGACGACAUGCAAAUUGAUGAGAAGUGUGUGGAAACAGAUGAAGAAACAUUUGAGUCUGAGGAGCUUAAAGAAGAAGAGGAAGAAUUCGGUGAAUUUGGUCAACGAGUCUUCAUUGCUGGCUUCCGCAGAAGUAUGCGCCUGUGUCGGAGGAAGUCCCGGGCCAACCAGCAGUCAUGUUAUGCUCGGUGCCCCGGCAGCUGCUGUAGCACUUUUGCAGCUCCAUAUGAGGAGGUGGUUCGGUACCAGCGGCACCCAGGAGAUCGGAACAGACUGAUUGUACUAGUGGGUCCUGCAGGAGUGGGAGUGAAUGAGCUAAGGAGAAGGCUUAUUGCAAGCAACCCACGAGAGUUUCAAAGCGCUGUGCCUCACACCACUCGAGUUCAGAAGAGUUAUGAAAUGAAUGGUCGUGAAUAUCACUAUGUAUCAAAGGAAACUUUUGAAAACAUGGUGUAUAGCCACAGAAUGCUGGAAUACGGGGAAUACAAAGGGUACAUGUAUGGUACCAGUGUUGAUGCAGUGAGAACAGUCCUUGAUGAAGGGAAGAUCUGUGUAAUAGAUUUGGAACCACACGGCAUCCAAAUAGCCCGGACUCAUGAAUUAAAGCCCUAUAUUAUAUUCAUCAAGCCAUCCAGCAUAAGCUGCAUGAGGCAAACACGUAAAAAUGCCAGAAUCAUUACAGAUUAUUAUGUGAACGUGAAAUUCAAGGAAGAAGAUCUACAGGAAAUGGAGGAUUCUGCUAAGAAAAUGGAAGCUCAGUUUGGUCAGUUCUUUGAUCAAGUGAUUGUGAAUGACAACUUACAAGAAGCAUCCGCUCAGCUGUUAUCUGCAGUCCAUCAUGCACAAGACGAGCCCCAGUGGGUCCCUGCAAUAUGGAUAUGCUCAGAUACUGAGACAUAAUUCAGAGUGGCAGGCAGCUCCAUGAAGAUUACAGAUUGUUUUACUUCAAGAAUAAUCCUCAUGUCAGGAUUGUGAGAAUUUGUCUUCAUGUGCAAGGGAUUUGGAAGAGGAUUAGGAAAGAAGCCGCUAUAGGAGAUAUUAUCAUACUAUGUUCUGUGUAACUGUACAGCUUUUAUGCUACAAUUGCACCUUUUUUUGUACAAAAAGGAAACACUGUGAGCAAUCCACUACAAGAAUAAAUAAAAAUCUAUUUUGUUGCAUGUAUAAUUUAUUCAUGGGUGUCCAACCUUUUGGCUUGCUUGGGCCACACUGAGUGAAGAGGAAUUGUCUUCAGCCACGUAUACAGAGGCUGCUCUGAAAGUAAUUACUCCUAUUUUACUUUCACGGAAACUACAGCAGAUAAAAAGAGCACAACAUUAUUUAAUAGUGUUUUGUAGCUGAGAAUCUGCUCUCUCUUUCACUGUGAUCACCACCGUUAGCUAUGCAUUUUGUCAGCGAUGAACAAGAGCCUACAUGUCAUGCUCAUCAAAACCUGCACCAGCAAAGGUGGCCCACUGUGUUUGCAUCCUGUUUGGUCUCCAUUAAUGUCCAGAAAGUGUCAAUGAAUGGUGGCGUUUUUUCCGCAUGGAGGAAUUCAGUGACAGAAUUUUGCCUCAGAUGCCAAUUUGUCAGACUGCCCCUCUGCUGCCAUUUGUCACAUGGCAACAAAAUGGAAUGGAAUAUUAGUGGGAAGGUUCAACUCCACUCCGUAUCACCAACAUUUGCUUCUGACAUUGCAGGCCAACAUAAUAAAAUAAAAGGUGUUACUUUCAGAGCAGCCUUCAUAAAAUAUGCAAUACAGCUACUGUGUAAAGAGCAACAAAAACAUCAAACUAGUGGGAUAUGUGACCUUGUUUUUGUGAAACUUAACACGCUGGCCUGGUUUGAUGGCAGUGGUUACAAUUCUCAGGGAGGUCUCAGAGUGUUUGUUUUGGUUUUAGGUGAAGUUUUGCUCGUACUUCAUCCUUGACAACCGUUCACAAAUGUGUGUACUGCCAAAAAGGGAUGAUGUGAAUAAGGUGUGAUUGUGAAAUGAGAGAUUUUUUUCUCUUGCAAGAGAGGGCUUAUGAAAGUCUGGUAAAGAGAUAUGACCAAACUUUGAAGUGAAUGCCUGAUUGAACUUUUGAAAAUUCACAGGUUAUUCAUUUAUGUCGACUGCAGUCGUAAAUAUAUAAAAAAAAAUUUUUUUUUUGCAAUCUUGAAAUCUAUUCUCAAAUUCCUGUAUCAAAGUGGACAGUAUGGCUGCAUGGUUUUUUGUUGUUCAUCAAUCUGUGUACAGCUAAUGUAUCAAAAUGUACACAGUUAUUUGACAUAACUUGAGUUACCACUGCCCUGCACCCUCUGUCUGUCCCAGACCAGCCCAGACAGUGCUGAUCACACACUGACAUGCAGUGGUUAUGAGCAAUGAGUGUACACCUGAGGCCACUCGGUGGGGCAGAGCUGCUGCCAUGAUCUAGCAGGGCUUGGCUUGUCUUCCAUCAACUCAAGUGAAUGAAAACUGACGAAACGCAGAUUUAUUAAAGAGAAAAAUCAAAUCCAAAGCCCCUUUUCCUGUUGGUUUGAGGCAAGGCAGCAUGUUCUCUUCAUAGAGAGUACAGUGAUUACAGUUGGCAAGUUCCUCACUCUCUUCAUCUCGCAUUACAGGUGCAUUGGAUGCUGAGGAAACUGCUCAUUCUGUCAGCCCAGCUUCCCCGGAGAUAAUGAACUGGUGAAGGCUGUGCUGCCUACAAGAGGUGAUUCCUGUACUAAGGCUGCUCUUGUAGCUAGUGCUGCGCCAGCUUCUU